AUGGCCGCAAUUAUUGCUCCGGACAAGACGUGGUUCGGUACGCUCCAGAAGCAUUUCUCAGACGUCCCUGUCGACGCCGACCAGGGAAUCCCCACCGAAGAUUUUCUCGCCGCAGCUGCGUCGACUACCACCCUCUUCGACCUUCUCGGCUCUGUAGCAUUUACACCGGUCAAGAAUGAUAUGAACGGCAACGUCAAGAAGAUUCGUGACAGAUACAAUGCCAGCCCUUCAAACUCUGGCACGCUACAAUCUUUGUGCAAGAACGAGUUGGCUUCGAAGUCGCACACUGCUACGGAGGGUCUACUCUGGCUUAUCCGAGGCCUCGACUUUACCGCACAAGCCUUGCGUCAUGAUCUCACUUCUAAUGCGGGUCUGUUAGGCACCGAGCCAAAGCCCAAGGCCGAAUUAGCAGACUCGUUCAGAAGUGCAUACAAAGGCACCCUCGCUCCUCAUCACGGCUUCAUGGUCAAGCCCAUCUUCAGCGCAGCCAUGUCCGCAACCCCUUACCGGAAGGACUUCUACAGCAAGCUUGCAGGUUCUCAAGUCAGCAGCGAAAAAUUGACAUCGGAAGUUGAGAGAUGGGUUUCGGCGCUAGAAGAGCGGAUCGCCAUUCUGAAGACGUUCUUGGCCAGCAAGGAAGCAAAAUGGUGA